GUUCAUUUUGCAGUAUACAUACAUAAGGUACACCUUACACCUAUUGCCUAAUGAUUUUAACGAAUAAUUUUUGUGUCUUGUGAUUAUUUCACAUUUGCAAUUGCCUAUCGAGUUGUUUUAAGUUGACUUGUUCCCUGAUCAGCUGAACAAAGUUUAGCUCUUGGAAUUAUUUACAGUUUGAAAAAAGUAAAAAUGGCGCAAGAGGUACCUCAAGAUUUAGAUUGGGUACAAUUACGACGUGAAAUGGGCGCCGUAGCUGAUGUAGAAUCGUCUGGCGACAAAUUUAUAAGGAAAUUUCAAGCCAAUCCAUUCGUCCCUAUAGGUUGCUUAGGAACUGCUGGUGCAUUGUCUUAUGGAUUAUGGUGCUUCAAAACUGGCAGAUCUAAGAUGUCUCAACGGAUGAUGCGCUUGAGAAUUUUUGCACAGGGUUUCACUAUCACAGCUUUAGUGGCAGGAGUUGUUAUGACAGCUGGAAAAACAAUGCAUUAAAGAUGUUAAUUAGUAAUUUUAAAGUAAUUUAGAUCACACCUUAAAUAAUAUUAUAAUUAUUGUAAAUUUUAAUAAAAAUAAUUAAAUAAUA